AUGAAAAAGUUCCUAUGCAGUCGGGACAUAUAUAUAUAUUUAAGAACGAGAAUGUUAAGGUGCUAUGUUUUCUCUAUUCUGCUGUACGGCAUGGAAGCCUGGACACUGAAAAAGAUAAACAUUAAAAACAUUGAGACAUUCGAGAUGUGGUGUUACAGGAGAAUGUGGAAAAUACCAUGGACAGAAAGAGUAACAAAUCAAGAUGUUCUGCUGAAGAUGGGGAAGGAAUGCGAAGUCAUAAAAACCAUACAGACGAAAAAACUGGAAUAUAUGGGACACAUAAUGAAAGGAAAAAAGUACUCUCUGCUUAGACUCAUAAUCCAACAAAAAAUCUCGCGAAAGAGAAAUGUGGGACGUAGGAGGAUUUCCUGGUUGCGAAAUUUAAGGGAG